AUGGCUAGCAUCAUUGCACGUGUGGGUAAUAGCCGGCGGCAGAACACACCCUUGCCACCUUGGGCCCAUUCCAUAUUGAAGUCCCUAGGGAGGAGUCUUGGUCCUUUAAGGGUCAAUAUGGCAGAAAGAAACAUGAAGUUGUUCUCAGGGAGGGUGGUGCCAGCCCAAGGGGAAGAAACCUUUGAAAACUGGCUGAUCCAAGUCAAUGGGGCCCUGCCAGAUUGGAAUAUGUCUGAGGAGGAAAAGCUCAAGCGUUUGAUGAAAACUCUUAGGGGCCCCACGCGGGAGGUCAUGCAUUUGCUGCAGGCGGCCAACCCCAACCUAAGUGUGGCAGAUUUCUUGCACACCAUGAAAUUGGUGUUUGGGGAUUCUGAAAGCAGUGUCACUGCCCAUGGUAAAUUUUUUAACACUUUGCAGGCACAAGGGGAGAAAACCUCCCUUUAUGUGAUCCAUUUAGAGAUGCAGCUCCAGAAUGCUAUUCAGGCAGGGAUCAUAGCUGGGAAAGAUACAAACCAGACUUGCCUGCACCAGCUCCUUUCAGGGGCUGAGUUGAAUGCUGAGUUGAAUGGGGACCUGCGCUUCAAGCUGAAGCAUCUACUCAGGAUGUACGCAAAUGAUCUGGAGUGGCUUCCCAAUUUCCUGGAGUUAAUCAAGAUGAUAAGGGAGGAAGAGGAUUGGGAUGACACUUUUAUGAAACGGAAGUGGCCCAAAAGAUCUGAGCUAAUCAUGGAGAGGGCAGCAAGCCCUGUGGCAUUUCAGGGCCCCCAGCCAAUAGCCAUCAGCACUGCUGAUUGCAACGUGUUAGAGGUAGAUGAUACCCUCAGUGACUCAGAUGAGGAUGUGAUCCUGGUGGAGUCUCAGAACCCUCCACUUACAUCCAUAGGUGCCCCUCCCCUCAGAGUCAGGGCCAGACUUCAGGCUCAAAUACUGGUCAUCAAUUCCCUAAACAGUUCCCAGGCUCAAUCUCCUUCUACCAGUGGUGGUUCUGCAUAUAAGAAUGAUGGUCCUGGAGAUAUACGUAGAGGCAGGAAGAGAAAAUAUACAGUCCGCUGUUCAUACUGUGGUGAGGAGGGCCACUCAAAGGAAACCUGUGACAAUGAGAGCAACAAGGCCCAGGUGUUUGAGAAUGUGAUCAUCACCCUGCAGGAUCUGACACAUACAGAGGAGAAGAAGUCGAAAGAGGUCCCUGGUGAACACAGUGACCUCUCUGAGCCACAAUAA